AUGCCUUCGCGCAGCCGCUCGCGUUCGGCGUCGAUAGCUUCGCGCAACUCUCGUCGCCAUCAUGAUGCCGAUAGCUAUGGCCAUGGACGGCCCUCUCUACCGUCACAGUCUCCUCGCCGCCGGGCAUCGCGCUCUCCCUCUUCUCCACGACACGCCCGCUCUCGCACCGGAUCACCAUCAAGGUCGCCUCCUCCACGGCGUCCGAGAUCUCCCCAGAACCGUAGACGGAGCUAUAGCCGUGGGCGAAGUGUAUCGCCAGCUCGAGACGAUCGAGACAGACGUAAUGGGAAUCGUGGUGAUCAAUACAGCGAAUCUCGAUCCAGGUCGCGAAGCCCAUACUCUUCCCGCAGUCGCAGCCGCAGCCCCAUCAGAGACCGCCGACAGCGCGGUAGAAGCUAUACCAGAAGCCCUACUCCUGUCGCCAGAAGGAGUGCAAAGAUUGUCGUGGAGAAACUGACGAAGAAUGUUAAUGAAAACCACCUACGUGAGAUAUUUUCUGCAUAUGGAGAGAUAGAGAGUCUCGAAUUACCGAUGAAUCGGCAAUUCAUGACCAACCGUGGGGCUGCUUAUAUUCACUAUCGUGAACCUGCCGAUGCCGAGUCGGCUAUUGCACAUAUGCAUGAAGCCCAGCUUGAUGGUGCCGUGUUAAGCGUUUCCAUCAUACUCCCUCGCCGCACAUUUUCGCGCUCUCCACCGCCAGCUACCAGACCGCCUCGUGCAGAAUAUGGCAAUGGGCGAUACGGAGGUGGCAGGGGCUCGGCUUUCCUAGAUUCGGGCCGAUUACCACCACCACCACCACCACCACCAUUGUCUUCAAGGUAUCGGUCUCCGCCGGGCCGUGGUAGAUUCCGCGGAGGCCGUGGUGCGGAUCGACACGACAUAUAUCGUCCGCGAUCGAUUUCACGCUCCCGUUCUCCAGCUGCGCGAGCGAGGUCACCUUCGUAUUCCUCAAGGUCUCCGUCGGUUACUCCUCCACGCUUGAGGCGUUCGAGAAGAGAUAGCCCGUCUCGUCGUAGGAGAAGUCUGAGUUAUAGCAGUGUCAGCAACAGAAGCCGAAGCCGAUCCCCCAGCAGGACUAGGGACCGUUAUGGGCGCUAA